GUUCUUUGGAGGGUGUUUACGGGAGUUCAACUACUUUUACUUUACUCGUCGUGUCGUGUCCGUGUCGUUUCGUGUAAAAUACUUUCUGAUUGGCUUACCAAAAUGCAAUUGUUUACAUCUAAAAACGCCUGACCAACACGAAUACACGAUACGCCGAUACCAUGACUACCCCGAAAUAUAACACAAUAUAGGCCGUGUGGUUACGUUCAGCCCGUUCAGGUUAAACUGAAUGAUAUUAUAUUUAUUUCAUUGAUUUUGAACCCUGCUAUCAUUCACCAUGGGACAAUAUUAAUAUCAUCACAGAACAAUGCCGCUAUAGACGUUUCGCUACCGUAAUUAUUGUUAAGUAAGGUUUAUAAUAAAUAAUUAUAAAUUGGGUAGACGUGUAAACCACAGAAUAGGAGAAAUUCACAUAUUCUGUGUGUAAACUAUAACAUAAAAAAAAUUAGAAACAUCUACCUAUAAAGCACAGAAACAAUUUCCCCUUUUUGGUGAUAGUACUAUCUGAAGUUGUAUGGUCGCCACGGUUGUAUUGAUAAGAAUAACACGUGACAAUCGUCAAUCAAUAUUUCAACUGAAUCAACUCCCGAGUGUCCGAAAUCCAAAAUUCCAAAAUAUAAUAUUAAUUUGCUGAAAGUUUAUACCAAAGUCAGUUGAAGAAAUUCUUGGAAAUUUUAAGACGUGAAAUGGCAUCGUUUGAAGUCGAAAACAACGAUAAUAGUAAAAAGCGUAAAAACAAAAAUGUUGAAAAGAGUAAAAAAAAAAAAAAACUUCCGGAAGUUGUCGAAAUAAAUGAAGGUUUAGAAACUGAAGAUGCGGUAAAAAUAAAAAUUAAAGACCCGGAAAAAGUCAAGGUAAUAAUAGACAAUAGUAUUGAUACUUCAAAAACCACUGAAAUCAGUGACAAAGUUAAGUCAUCAAAACCACGACAAUUGCCUACUGUCUCCAUAGCCGUGCCUGGAUCCAUUUUAGAUAAUGCGCAGUCUCCAGAAUUCAGAACAUAUCUGGCCGGACAAAUUGCAAGAGCAGCGUGCAUUUACAAAAUUGAUGAGAUCGUAGUUUUUGAUGAUGUGGGUGAACAAACUAAUGUAAUGAUAUCCAACAAGAAAACCGAAGGUGGUUCAAAGACGUGUAAACAAUUGGCCAUAAUCUUACAAUACUUGGAAUGCCCUCAAUAUUUGAGAAGAAUAUUAUUUCCAAUUCACAACUUUUUAAAAUACACUGGAGUAUUGAAUCCACUAGAUGCACCACAUCAUUUUAGACAAGAAGAUAAUGUCCCAUUUAGAGAAGGUGUAGUGUCGACACUUCCUCCAAAAAAAGGUAAAGGCUGUAAUGUCGAUGUUGGUCUUAGAAAACAUGUACUUGUUGAUAAAUGUCUUCAGCCGUAUGUACGAGUUACUGUUAAACUAAUUCCAAAUUCAGAUGAUUCUAAACGUCAAAAAGGUAUUGUAGUAGCUCCGAGUACACCCAAAAAUGAAUCUGGUAUUUACUGGGGUUACACUGUAAGGAAUGCUGAAUCAAUAAAUGAAGUAUUUACCAAGUGCCCAUAUCCUGGUGGAUAUGAUUUAAAAAUUGGUACAUCUGAUAAAGGUGUUAAUAUCGAUCAAACAGAUCAUACUCAACUCGGUAGCUUUAAGCAUGCAUUGAUAUGUUUUGGAGGAGUUCACGGACUUGAAGCUGCAUUAGAAGCUGAUCAAAGCAUUGAUGAAGAAAAUCCAUCUGCUUUAUUCAACAUUUAUUUAAAUACGUGUCCAAACCAAGGUUCUAGAACUAUUAGAACUGAAGAAGCUGUUUUUAUAACAUUAGCAGAAUUACGUUCCAAAAUGAAACUCGAAUAAAUUAUGUACCCAAAUGUUUACUUUAUUUGAUUUUGUAAACCAAUAAUAAAUGUAUUUGUAUGAA